GGCUUGCAGACUCUGGUGGCCUUUUCCAGCCCGGGCAAGGCCCCGGGCCCUGGGCAGCCUCCAGGUGCAGUGCCCUCUCUUGGGCUGCACCCUCUCCCCUUCCCUGGGGCAUGUCUCUACUUACAAGUUACGAGGGGCUUCGGCAUCAGAUAGAGAGGCUGGUGCGGGAAAAUGAGGAACUGAAGAAGCUGGUACGGCUCAUUCGGGAGAAUCAGGAGCUCAAGUCUGCGAUCAAGACUCAGGCAGGUGGCCUCUGCAUCAGCGGGUUCACCGGAGGGCUUGGUGAGGCAGCGGCAGGCCCUCCCCAACAUCAGGGUGUAUUCCUGCCCCCAGCUUCAGCAGCAGCAAAGGAGCCCUGCUCAGAAGACUUGGGGAUGGUAGCACUGGCACCUCUGGCUGACAUGUUGAAUACCCCACAGCUCAGUCCUGCAGCAGGCUCCCUUGUGAACCCCCUGGCUGCUACUCUUAACCCACUGCUGUCUGGCCAAAUACCCUUGUUGCAGAACAACCAGUUUGCCAAUCUUGUGCCAUGCUCCAUGAGCAACCAACUGACCAAUCCUACUACAGUUUCCCCAGGAGUCACCUUGGCCAGUUCUCUGGGUUUGCCCUCUACUGGACCCCUGAACAGUCAAAUGACUAGUCCCAUGACUGUACCCCCAGGGACCACUCUGGCCAGCUCACUGGGCCUGACCUCAACUGGUUCCCUAACAACAAGCAGCCGGCUGGUGGGCCCUCUGGCUGUAUCUCAGAGCAGCCCCAUCAUGGCUCCCCUGGCAGGCACAGUGGCAGUCUCUCUGAGUAGUCCCCUGCUCUCCUCCACAGCUACCCCUCUAGGUGUUGCUCAGAACGUAGUGCCCAACCCCAUAAACAACAUAGGGCAGCCAGAGACGCCAAGGGUGCGGCUGGCAGAGCCUACCCGAGGAAACUUUUCUGGAACCUCAGCCUAUGCAGGACCAGCUCCCACCUCCAAAGGGUGCACCAAUCCCCUACCCGACCUGUGCCCAAUCCCCAUUCUCCUCCACACAACCUCCCAUCCCCGCCCCGCACCUCAUCCUCUUCGGCUUCAGUCAAUGAUACCCGGGGUUCACGCGUGAUGGAACAGUCUCGGAAGAAUGUCGUGGAGAUGGAGCGGAAGACGCCCCACCGAAAGUCUAACAAGUUACCUGACAAUCCCCGAGACACAAAACAGCUAGUCUGUGAGAGGCUAGUGGGGGAAAUCGCCUUCCAGCUAGACCGAAGAAUCCUGUCCAGCAUCUUCCCAGAGCGCGUACGUCUCUACGGCUUCACUGUCUCCAACAUCCCAGAGAAGAUCAUCCAGGCCUCCCUAAACCCCAGUAAUCACAAGUUGGAUGAGGACCUGUGCCAGACGCUCACACAGCGUUACGUGAGCAUCAUGAACAAGCUGCAGAGCUUAGGCUACAACGGGCGGGUGCACCCGGCACUGACAGAACAGCUGGUCAAUGAGUACGGCAUCCUGCGCGAGCGGCCUGAGCUGGCGGCAUCUGAAGGUGGCUGCUACACGGUGGACUUCUUGCAGCGUGUGCUAUUGGAAACCGUGCACCCCAGCAAGCUCACGGACGCCCUCCUGCUGCUCUCCUGCCUCCAUCAGCUGUCCCACGAUGACGGCAAACCUAUGUUCAUCUGGUAACACCCGGUGCCCGGCUGGCCCAGGCUCACUUCACCCUGUAGGCCAUUGUGCAUGGCCAUUAAAGUUUCCCACAGACUCUGGUCA